AUGGCGUUGAAUGCCAACUGCAGGGCAGCAGCCGUGCCAGCCCGGGACAGCGGCGGGGCGCUGCCCGAAGUGGUGGAACUGAACGUGGGCGGCCAGGUAUACUUCACCCGGCUCUCCACCCUCACCAGCCUCCCCAACUCGGUGCUUGGCAGGAUGUUCGGCCACAAGAGGAACUCUGGCAGCCCCGAGCUGGCCCGGGACAACCGCGGACGUUUCUUUAUCGACAGGGACGGCUUCUUGUUUCGCUACAUCCUGGAUUACCUGCGCGAUCGCUCGGUGGUCCUUCCCGAUCUCUUCCCGGAGAAGAUGCGCCUCCGGCGGGAGGCUGAGUUCUUCCAGCUGCCCGAUUUGGUUCGGAUGCUGAGUCCGGACGAGAGGCAGAGUCCUGGCCUCGAAGACCCCUCGCACAGCGACCAGGACGAGCUGUCCCAGGGCAGUGACCUACCGCGGGGGGUGAGCCAGGCAGCAGAGCGCAGGGCAGGAUUCAUCACAAUCGGUUACCGGGGCUCCUGCAUCCUGGGGCGGGACAGCAUGCAAGGCGACGCCCGGCUCUUCCGCCGGGUACCUCGGAUCCUCGCGUGUGGCCGCAUCGGGCUCCUCAAGGAAGUGUUCGGAGAUAAUGUGAACGAAAGCAGGGACCCGGACCGGACCCCGGACAGGUACACGUCCCGCUUCUACCUCCGCUACCGGCAACUCGAGAGAGCCUUCGACACGCUGGCCGAGGCGGGCUUUACUCUGCUGGGCAGCAAUUCGUCCCUCACCGGCUCAGCCUGCGGCCAGGCAAUCGACGAUAGGGCAUGGAGCAGCUACACCGAAUACCUCUUCUACCGUCCACCACAAUCUAAAAUAGACCCAAGGGAGAAGGAGGAGGAGAGGAGACAUGAUAGAAUUACUGAAAGGGAUGGAGAAAGUGUAACUUCUUGCAAUGAACUGUCCACCUCGAGCUGUGACAGCCAGUCUGAGGCCAGCUCCCCACAGGAGACAGUGAUCUGUGGCCCAGUGACCCGGCAGUCCAACAUCCAGACCCUGGACCGGCCAGCCAAGAAAGGGCCGGUGCAGCAGGUGCAACAAAGUGAAUUCCGCAGGAAAAGUGACCUCCUGAGGACGCUCACCAGUGGAUCCAGGGAGUCCAACACGGGCAAAAAGAAAGUCAAAGAGAAACUGACUAUUGAGGAAGAGCUAGAGAAAUGCAUCCAAGAUUUUCUUAAAAUUAAAAUACCUGACAGGUUUCCAGAGCGAAAAUAUCCAUGGCAACUAGAACUGCUACGGAAAUACCAUCUAUAG